AUGUCUUCGCCCAAGGACAACUUCGCUCAGGUUGAGCACAUAGAUCCUGACUCCAAGAUGGGCUAUGACGAGGCUGAGAAGCCCGCUGCUCGCGCGGCCAACGAUCGCGAGCAUACCCUCACUCUUCGCGAUAGUUUGAGGCUGUAUCCCAAGGCCAUUGCCUUCUCCCUGCUGUUCUCCACGGCUAUCAUUAUGGAGGGUUACGAUCUGAGUCUUCUGGGAAGCUUCUACGGUUAUGAUGCAUUCAAGCAGAAGUUUGGUAACGAACUCGACGCGAGCGGAAACUUAAUCAUCUCUGCCGACUGGCAAACAUAUAUCCAAGUCGGUGGCAUGUGCGGUCAGAUCAUUGGUCUUUACAUCAACGGUUGGGUCUCAGAUGCCUUCGGUUACAAGAAGACCAUGAUGGCUUCGCAAAUGCUCAUGAUCGGUCUUAUCUUCUUCCCCUUCUUUGCACCCAACCUCCACGUCCUCUUGGCCGGAAACAUCCUCCUUGGUCUCCCAUGGGGUAUCUUCCAGACCCUCACCCUCGCCUAUGCCUCUGACGUCGCUCCCGUUGUCCUCCGUCCCUACCUGACAGCCUACGUCAACUUGUGCUGGGUCAUCGGUCAACUCAUCGGUGCUGGUGUUCUCCGAGGAUUCAGCACCAUGGGAGGUGACUGGUCCUACAGAAUCCCCUUUGCUCUCCAGUGGGCGUGGCCUCCUUUCAUCAUGCUCGGUACUCUCUUUGCCCCCGAGUCUCCCUGGUGGCUUGUUCGCAAGGAGCGAUACGAAGACGCCAAGCGAUCCAUCCUUGCACUGGUCACACAGUGUGAUGUUCCCUUCGACGCCGACUCCCAGGUUGAGCUUCUCAAGGCUACCAACCAGAUGGAGAUUGAGAACUCUGCUGGAACCAACUACUGGCAUUGCUUCAUGCGCAGCGAUCUGCGACGAACAGAAGUUGCCUCAGUUGCUUACACUGCCCAAGCCCUCUGUGGUAGCUCUCUCAUGGGUUACUCGGUUCAGUUCUAUCUCGAGGCCGGUCUUUCACCCGAGCGAUCUCUCGACUUCAACGUCAUCCAAUACUCCAUCGGUGCCAUUGGUGUUGUCCUCUCUUGGGUCUUGAUGUCCCGCUUCGGUCGCCGUGACAUCUACAUCUGCGGUAUGGCAGCCCUCUUCUGUAUCCUCAUUGCAGUCGGAUCCCUUGGUUUCGUCAAGCACACCGAAAGCACUGGCUGGGCCAUCGGCAGCUUGCUCGUCGUGUAUACCUUUGUCUACGACAUGACCAUCGGCCCCAUUGCCUACACAAUCGUCGCAGAGAUCUCUUCCACCCGUCUCAAGGCCAAGACCAUCGUUCUUGCACGCAACUUCAGCAACAUUGCUGGUCUCGUCACCAACACGCUCAUGCCUCGCAUGCUUGGCCGGAACUCGUGGAACUGGGGUGCCAAGACAGGUCUCUUCUGGGCUGGAUGGUGUCUGUUGAUCUUCAUCUGGGCUUUCUUCCGUCUUCCUGAGCCCAAGGGUCGCACUUACGGUGAACUGGAUCUUCUCUUCGAGCACAAGGUUCCUGCGCGCAAGUUUGCCAAGACCCAGGUUGAUCAGUUCCCUGCUUCAGAUCGAGAGUCUGAGAAGGUUCAGACUGCUAAUUAG